AGAUUUAAAAAUGUCGGAGACAAGCAGUUUGAUGUCUCAAUUCCAAAAACUUCGCGUUGAAACUUCCAAGAUAUACAAUGAAUUCACAGAGGAAGGUCAAGAUCGGAUUAUGAUGAAGAUUCAAGAAGGAGCUGCUGUGAAAGACGUCCCAAUUGAAUCUGGAGAAUUGGCAAAGAAUGACUCAAUGUUUAAGAUUUUUGUUUCCUGGUCCAUUCCGGGUGGCAUAUUCGUGUCUGAAAACCGCAGGAAACUACCAGUGUACGAAUCGAACACAAUUCGACAAAUCAAACUGCGCAUCAAUUCACUUGUAGGAAUAGACAUCGGCUCGUUCAGCUCGUACUGUGAUGAUAAAAUUCUCGAAGACGACCACACUCUCGCUCACUACAACAUUUCGUACAACAAUUCGCGUAUUCUCAUAAUUCUCCAUUUUUGCUCAUUUUCAACUUGAAUUUCACCGUUAAUGACAAUUAAUGAAUCUUUUUUUGUUUCAGAAUCCUCAAGUUCAUGGAAUUCUCCAGCUCAUAAUUUUUUAUCGAUUUUUUUAAAUUAUUGCCGAUACUAAAGUUCCCGGCAGUUUGCGAAUAAAUAAUUGUGAA